AUGGAGGUCGAUAAAGCAGCCGUGCCCCAACUCGCUCAGUCCGAGGUCUCUGAGGUCGACAGGGCAAAGGAAUUCUCAGAUUUUUCCAAUGUCCAGUACUUCGAAAAGAAUGACUCCGAGGUCGGGUCCAAGGUGUCAGUAGACAACAAAGAAAAUGAUGCCCCUCAAGAUUCGGCCGCGGCUGAAGAGCAGCCUGAAGAGGCCGAGGUAGAUGGCGAAGUUGCGGCAGAGCCCACUUCUUCCAAGAACAAGAAGAAAAAGAAGAAGAAGAAGAACAAAAGCGAAAGCCAGAUAACGUCGCCUAUACUGUCCUCCGAAAGCUUUGCAUCCGAAGUCAAGGCUGAGGGGGAAACCGCCGAGACGGCAGAGCAAGACACAACAGUUACCCCUCCUCCGGAGGAGUCAAGCCAGGUAGUCGAAGACGAGGCUAAGAAAGACAAGAAGAAGAAAAAGAAGAAGAAGAAGAACAGCCCCAAGAAUUCGGAGACAGACGUGGCCGAUGAUAGCGCUCUCGAUCCCGCCCAGCCUCCGUCGCCACCAGCCACGGACGAGGGAAGAGGUGAGGAUGAGGCUGCUCCGGCUGUAGAGGAGAAGACUGAAGCCGCAGCCGCAGAGCCUGAGCCUGCUGUCGAAUCCGCAAAGGAAGAGAACGCAGCCGAGCCCGAGCAUUCAGAUGAGACCGUUCCUGUUUCCGAAGAAGUCAAGGCCGAAGCGGAACCCGAAGCUCACCACGAGGAUGCCAAGGUCGCUGAGGAAGGGGCCAAGACUACGGAAGAUCCAGUUGCUGUUCCUGCAGAGCCCGAGCAUGCGGAGCCCGAGCCCGAAACCGCUAAGGAGCCCGAGCACGAGCACGAGCACGAGCAAGAGCAUCAGCAGGAGCACAAGGAGGAACAUGAGCAUGCUCCCCAGGAAACCGAGUCGGCAAAGGAGCCAGAGGUUGUACCUGCUGCUCAUGAGGAUGUUCAUGUUGAAGAAUCUCACGAGCCGGCGGAAACACACGAUGAGAAGCCAGCCGAGGAGCCUACUCACACAGAAGAUACCCAGGCACCAGUGGUAGCCGAAGAGCCCGCCGAGCAUAAGGGGACUGAGACACCAGAGCACAAGGAUGAUGCCCAGGUCUCCGAGCCGGUUGAGGCUGAGAAAGUGGAUGAGGCUCAUGCUGAAGAAGACAAGCCUUCAGAAGAGGUGAAGCCUGCUGAGGAAGUCGCCCCCGCUCACGAAGAGGAGAAGCACUCCGAAGAGGAGAAGCACCCCGAAGAGGUCCCAUCUACCGAAGAGACGAAGCCCACCGAGGAAGAAAAGUCUACUGAGGAAGAUAAGCCCACUGAAGAGGUCAUACCUGCUCACGAAGAGAAGCACGUCGAAGAACAACACUCCGAAGUGCCUGCGACCGAGGAGACAAAACCUGCCGAAGAGGUUGCUCACGUCGAAGAGGAGAAGCACACUGAGGAGGCUACGCCUGCUGAGGAAGAGAAACACUCCGAAGAGGAGAAGCCCUCCGUCGAGGAGCACACCGAGGUUGAGAAAGACACCGCUGAACCUGAGGCCAAGGAAGAGCCUGCUGCCGAGCCUGUCGUCGAUAACCACCCUGAAGAGACCUCUAAGGAGACUGAAGAGCAUGUCACCGAAGCAGCACACGAAGAGCCUGCCAAGGGACAUGAAGAGCAUGCUGAAGUCGCAAAGGACAUCGCUACGGAGGUGAUUCCUGCUCCCGAGGAGAAGGCACCCGAGACUGCGGAGCCCGAACACCACGAGGAGGAAAAGACUCCCGAGCCGCACUCUGAUGCCAAACCCGAUGUUGACGACGUCGUUGCCGAAGAGCAGGCCCCUCUGACCGAAGAGAAGCCUGCUUCUGAUGAGGAGAAACAUGAUGACUCCGAGAAGCACGAAGAGCCUGCUGCUGAACACGAGCAUGUGGCCUCUGAGGUCGAGACCAAAGCCGAAGAAGUCGACGAAACUCCCAAGGAGGAGGCCGUUGAAGAGGCUCCUAAGGAUGUGGCUGAGUCUCAUGAGCCUGUCCACAGCGAGGAGGCUAAACACGACUUGACUGAAGAAGCCGAGCCUGCUCAUGAAGUCGAACAGUCUCACGACACCGAAGCUUCUAAGGAGGAAACUCACGAAGAGCACCGUGCUGUCGAGACCAAGGCGGAGGAGGCAGAGCCUGAGUCUGUGGUCGAGGAUGUCAAGGAGCCUGUCGAGACACACGCCGAGACUGAAGAAGCUUCUCACCAAGAGGCUCCUGUCGAGCAAUCUGUAGUUUCUGAGGAGCAUUCUGUUCCCGCUGAAGCUACUGAGUCGGAAGUCUCCAAGGUCGAAUCCGAGGUUUCUCAUGCCACUCAUUCUGAGGUUGAGGCCAAGCCUGAGACCACUGAAAGCGAAUCUACCCCUGAGGAACACGUUACAGUGGCCGAGACCGAGAGUGAUGUUCAGAAGGAUGUUGCUGAGCCUGAGCCCGCCACCGAAUCCGAGGUCGCCACUGAGUCUGUAGCUGCUACCGAGUCUGAAGUUGCUGCUCACCCCGAGGUUGUUGCCGAGUCUGAGGUCGCUACCGAGUCUGAAGCUGCCACUGAAUCCGAAGUUGCUGCUCACCCCGAAGUUGCUACUGAGUCUGAGGUUGCUACGGACUCCGAGGUCGCUGCUCACACUGAGAUUGUCGCUGAGUCUGAGGUCGCCAAGUCUGAGCCCGUUGCUGCGUCUGAAGUAGCCGCCGAAUCUGAGGUCGCCAAGUCUGAGCCCGUUGCUGAGUCUGAAGUAGCCACCGAAUCUGAGGUUGCCAAGUCUGAGCCCGUUACCGAGUCUGAAAUUGCUGCGGAAUCUGAGGUCGCUGCCCAUCCCGAGGUCGCUACAAAGUCUGAAGUCGCCACCGAAUCCGAGAUCGCCAAGUCUGAGCCUGUUGCAGAGUCUGAAGUAGCCACCGAGUCUGAAAUCGCCAAGUCUGAAGUUGCUGCUCACCCUGAGGUUGUCGCUGAGUCCGAGGUCGCCAAAUCUGAGCCUGUUACCGAGUCCGAAGUAGCCACCGAGUCCGAGGUUGCCAAGUCUGAGCCUGUUGCUGAGUCUGAAGUAGCCGCUGAGUCUGAGGUCGCUAAAUCUGAGGUCGCUGCCCACCCUGAGCCCGCGGCUGAGUCUGAGGUCGCCACAGAAUCUGAGGUCGCCGAGUCUGAGCCUGUUGCUGAGUCUGAAGUAGCCGCUGAGUCUGAGGUCGCCAAGCCUGAGGUUGUUGCUGAAUCCGAGGUUGCGACCGAGUCUGAGGUCUCCAAGCCCGAGGUUGUUGCUGAGUCUGAGGUUGCGACUGAGUCUGAAAUCGCCAAGUCUGAGGUCGCUGAGGAGCACAAGCCGACUGAGACCGUUGUUUCUGAACCUGCCCACGAGGAGGUCGAAGCUAUUGCCCCAGCUGAAGUUGAAAAGACUGCUGACGCCGAGGUCGUCCACGAGGCUGAUAGCAAAGAGCCAUCAGAAAUCCAGGCCACUUCUGAGCUAACGGAAGACUCCAAGGCUCAUGACGAAGAACUUACGAAAGAAAUCCCCAAGGAGGUAGAGGUUGUCGAAGCACCUAUUGCGGUGCCAGCUGAAGCUGAGGAACACUCUACGGCUUCCGUUGAAGAGGUGCCUGCUGAGGUCACCCCCGUCAUCCCGGCGGCUGAAGCCGAGCCUACGCCUGUUGUGGUCGAGAGCGAAAAGGCAAUCGUGCCAGAGCCAGUGGAGGAGGUCGUGCAGCCUGUAGCUGCUGAGGCGGAGGCGCCCAAGAACGUUGAGGAAGAGGAAAUCAAGGACACUGUGGGUCCUAUUUCGGUUGAGAAGAACGUGGUAGAGAAAGUCAGGAAAGGUGAGGAGCAGCAUUCAUUACAUGAUACCCCUGUUGAUAUUUCGGGACGGUUUGGUGACUCCACAUCGGGUGAGGAGUCGAAGGACCACGGCGUUUUGGCGUUGAAAUCGGAAGACAUUUCGGAGAUUCAGAGUCGGUCCUUGGGAGAGGAGGAGAAAGACGAUGCCAAGACAGACGAUCUUGAAGGGGCUGAGACACCAGCAGUCGAAGUGCCUGCUGUUUCUACCAAACCUGAUGUGGAGGCCGUCUCUGAGCCGCUGCCUUCUCAAGAAAAGGAAGAUGCUGAGAAGACUUUGGCGCCAACCGUGCCAGAGGAGUCAGACAAGAUUGCUCUCAUCGCUGGGGCUGCCGCGGUUACCACAGCUGCUACUGCUGCUGUGGCGACUGCUGCUGUCAUUCACCAAGAGUCUGACGACUCGAAGCGUGAUAUCUCGGCCGCAACUGAAGAAGGUGGGCUAAAGGGAGCCGCUCCGGAGCCAGUUGCUCCCGCAGCGCCCGAAACCGAGGUGACUAAACGUGAUGUGGAAGACAAAACCCCUAAACAAGAAGAAGCAGAGAGAGAGAUUGUCCUCCCCGCGGAGGUUACGAAGCCCGUUGAGGAGCCCGUUGCAGCCCGAGAAGCUGAGCCGACGGUUGUUGCCGAGACAGCUGAGCCUUCAACGUCCAAGGUGCCAGUUGAUGCGAAGGACACUGUGCCGACUCCCCAGGAAAUCCCAUCACAUCAACCACCCAGCGGAGAGUCAACAACCUCGAAGACAGUGACAGCAAUAGAACUCGAUCAGGCAAGUAAAGAGAUCACGAAAAGGGCGAAGCCUAUUCAAGAGAACAAAAACUUACAGGAUGUAGCCCAAGUCGACUAUUCUGGAGGCACUGACAGCCUGGCUUUUGGCGCCGUUCGCAUGGCUGACCCAACUCUUUGGAAAGAAGAAGGCGGACGAUUAAACGCAUUCACCACGCCCGGAUUGAGCCGUAGCAUCGAUAGGGAAGUGUUCGAUGGACCUCGGUUUGCUGCAAAAGGUGGAGUGGUCGCUCAAUCCGACGAUGGAUUCCAGGCAGGGGCUGUGAUGAAGAGAGAGAUGAUGCCAUUCCGUGGAUUGGAUCGAAACGCGGUCCCUUUAGAAGUCGCUGCCGCAACAAGCCAUUAUGUUGCCCCUUUACGAUACCCUGCUCUUAACGCCGACGGUCACUACUCCUCGAGGUGGGCGAGCAUGGCCUCCCCAGGCCCCUUGGUUUCUCCCUUUGAAUAUGAAGAAAUGGUUCAAGAUACUCCGCCUCCGCUGUCUCUUUCCGUGUUAUUGGAUGAUGAGUUCAGAGUGCCGACUCCCGCCGUUGUGGUUCCUGAAAGGGCGACGUCUGACAGGCUGAGGACUCGACUGCUGCGUCAUAAGCAGAAGAUUCUCCUUCAAGAUGCCGAUGACGCAGCCGCAGCUGCCGUGGUCACUAACACCAUCGCAGAGGCACCUAGGCCUGUCGCCCGUCUUUCGCUCACUGGCCUCCGCAACGGCGGGGACCUUCCUCAUCUGGACCACCAUCAGAUGAAGUUGGAAUCGGAGGAACUUCAGUCUCUAGCCGUCCCUACUACACGCAGGAGUAUUAGUGAUGAUGAGGAAGAUCUUCGUAAAUCCAUUGCUGACAUUUUCACAGAGGAAUAUAGAUCUAAGGAGCAUAUUUCGUCGAGUAGUGACCGGGAACGACACCGCAAGUAUCGCCACUCUCGCCACUCUUCCCAUUCCAGCAGGAAUCGUGGUGAGGAAGAGGUCAGAGAAUACAGAGAGCAUAGAGAGAACAGAGAGAGCAAACAUCGCUCAUACGAAUCCCAAGGGUCAAACUACCGCCGCUCUAUUCCUGACAGUGGUAGUUCCCGUCCUGGUUCUGGGUCGUCCAAGUUUGACACGCCACCACGAACUCCUCGGCGGCGCCAUAGCGGCGUUGUAGGCGAGGUUCCUGUGUCGUCCAGCCGGAGAUACAGAACUCCAGAAGAGCAGGAGGCUCAUGAGCAACGCAGAGCUCAACGCCGUGCUGCCCGAGAGGCCGAGCGGAUCGACAAGCAAGAAGCGCCCGAGGGGGUCAACGAGGGGUACGAAGGGUACGAAGGACACGAGCGGUAUGAGCAGCCUCAGCGCUACGAUGAGCGUCGUGAAAGACGUGAGCACAACGAACAACGUGAGCAUCGUGAACGCAUUGAACGCUCUGACCGCCGUGACCGUCAUGAACGUCCCGAACGCACUCAGCGCCCUGAGCGGUUUGAUCGGCCCGAGCGGUUUGAACAGCCUGAACCGCUCAUCGACCGCGAGGUACUGGACGAAGGCUAUGGCCGACCUGAGAAAUAUGAUCGACGUGAUCGACAUGAACGGCGCGAGCGCCGCGAACGUCGUGAGCGCCGUGAGCUCUACGAAAAGAACCUGGACCCUCAGCCUGAACCCUUCCCGGCUGUUGAUGAUAUCCAAAAUCCCGCACCACCUCCGGCCCCUAUCCCCGCUCCCCCAGAGCGCAAGGGUAAAGAGGUAGGCUUCGACUUGCCACCUGAAGAGAUCAAGCGCCAUCGUGGUCGCUCGUUCCGCCAACGUUCAGGCAACUCCGGCUUUGACUACGCACGGCAGUCACAGUCUCCCGAGAAGAGAUUUUUCGAAAUGAAAAAUGCCGAGGGGGUGCUUCGCAAGUCGCCACCUCCCGAUAAAUUCAUCUACGUGCCAGCUCGCGAUUCUUCUCUUCCCGAGGAGAUGCGGCCCAGAACACGCGACCGGGACGUUCCCCGGACCCGUGAUCGCCGGCUAUCUGAGGUCACGUAUGACCGACCUCGCGGGGGUCAUUUCGGAGACUCUCCUAGGCAAUCGGCGCCGCUCGACGAGGGCGACGAUUCUGCUCGGCGAGCCCGUCAUGAACGUAGACGGAUGAGGGAGGCUAGGGAGCAGGAGAAGAAGUCGGGAGGACUCAAGGGGGUGUUCAAGAGACUGUUUAAUUGA